AUGAAGAACACCUUUUUUCAUAAAAUUAAAAGAUUCUUUAGAGGGUAUUAUUGAUCUAUAAAAUCAUUAGUUCUCCAAAUGAAUGGAAAAAUCUACCAAAAAGAGUAAUACAUCCUGGAUAGGCUGAUAUACUUCUACCAAAUAAUAAAGUAAUCACUAGCAAAUAUACUAUUUUUACUUUCCUUCCUUUAAAUAUGGUGGAAUAAUUUAGCAAAAUGGCUAACAUUUAUUUCUUAAUUGUUGGAAUAUUAUAGAUGGUUUUAAAUCAGUCUAUCAUUAGAUUCCUGCAAUUACAGUUUCUGAUGGGUUACCAACUGAAUAUACUCCUUUAGUAGUCAUUGUAAUAGCUACAGCAAUCAAGGAUCUAUUAGAAGAUUUAUAAAGACACAAGGCAGACAGAAAGGAAAAUAAUACUAUAAUAUCUGGUAAGAAAAGUUAAGAAAUAAGAGUUGGAGAAUAUAUAAGAAUUAAUCCUAAUGAAUAGAUACCAGCAGAUAUUUUAUUAUUAAAUUAAGAAUGUUUUGUUGAAACAUCUUAAUUAGAUGGUGAAACAACUCUUAAACCUAAAUAACCAAUAAUUGAGAAUAUUGAAUUUAUUGAAGCAGCAGGACCAAAUCCUUAUUUAUAUUAAUUUAGUGGUUCUAUAAAUGGGUAGAAACCAUUAAAUGAACAUAAUUUAUUACUUAGAGGUUCAUGCUUAAAAAGUCUAGAUCCAAUUGAUGGAAUUGUAAUAUAUACAGGACAUUAAACUAAAAUUCUUUUGAAUUCACAUAACCCAAGAGGUAAGGUAACAAAAAUGUAAUAAGUUAUGAAUAGAUUAAUUUUAUAUUUAUUCAUAGGAUAAUGGCUUUUGUGUAUAUUUUGUGCUUCCUAUUUUACAAUAGCUCUAAGUAUUAAGAAAUAAGAUUUAGAUUAUCUUUAUUUAAAUCAACCUGAAGUUACUGCUUUACUUUAUUUUAGCAGUUUUUGUUAAAGUGUAGGAAAUUGGUUUUUACUUUUUGUAAAUUUUGUUCCAAUAAGUUUGAUGUUGACUUUGGAAAUGAUUAGAUUAUUUUAAGCUUAUUUUAUAAUUAAAGAUCCAGAGAUGGGUUAAAAUACAAAAGUUUAGUCUUCUAAUUUAAAUGAUGAUCUUGGAUAAAUUAAUCAUAUUUUUUCUGAUAAAACUGGAACUUUAACAGCCAAUUAGAUGACUUUAAGAUAAUAUAUUUUUAAAAAUUAAAAUAUUGAUUUAUAAAGAGAAGAUUCUCAAUUAAUAUUUAAUGAGGAAAAUAUUAUUUAUUUACUUCAAUUCAUACUUUGUAAUGAUAUCAAAGUAAAAAAUGGAAAUGUACUAUCCUCUUCAAGUGAUGAAAUGGCAUUAAUUAAUUAUUUUUUAAAUCAAGGACUUUAAAUAGCAGAAGAUGGUAAAAAUUACCUUAUUAAUAUAAAUAAUGAAAUUUAUUAUAGAAUUGAAAAAGUAUAUUUAAUUCCAUUUAGUAGUGAUAGAAAGAGAAUGUCAAUUGUAUUAAGAUUUUAAGAAAAACUUUAUAUAUUUUGUAAAGGAGCAGAUAGUGUUAUAGUAUCAAGAACCUAAUCAUCUACAAAUUAUUAGGAUAAUAUUCUAUCAUCUAGUUAAACUUUUGCUAAUUAAGGUUUAAGAGUGUUAUUAUUCUCUUACAAAGAAUUAGACGAAUCAGAAUUUGCUGAAUGGUUAGAAAUAUAUGAAAAAACAAUGAUAUAAUAGGAUGAAUAGAUGUUAGAUAAAUUACAAAAUUAAUUAGAAACCAAUCUUAUUCUUUCAGGUGCAAGUGGUGUUGAAGAUAUUCUAAGUGAACAUGUUUAAGAGACUAUAGUUGAACUUUAAUAUGCUAAUAUCUAAAUAUGGAUGAUCACUGGAGAUGCCUAUGCUACAGCUAAGGGAGUAGCUCAGAAAAUAGGACUCAUGACCUUAAGAUCCAAAUCAAUAUUAGUUGAACAUCAAACAAUAAGUGAAAUUGAAAGUUUAGUAUUUGAUUCAGAAAAAAAUAUAAGCAACUAAUAUGAUAUAAGUUUAGUAAUUUUAGGCAAAAUUUUAAUUGAUUAUACAAUGGAAGAUAAAUUUAGAUUAAUAAAAUUAGCAAAAGAAUGUUAAUGUGUAAUUUUUAGUCGUGUUUCUCCUAAAUAGAAAAGAGAAAUUGUAGAAUUAUUUUAAAAAUGUUUUCCAAAUCUUUGCACAUUAGCAAUUGGAGAUGGUGCAAAUGAUGUUAAUAUGAUAACAGAGGCAAAUGUAGGAAUAGGAGUUUGUGGUGUUGAAGGUUUAUAGGCUGCGAGAGCAUCAGAUUAUGCAAUUCCUUUAUUUAAAUGUUUAUAAUAGUUGCUUCUAUUUCAUGGUAGAGAAUGUUAUAGAAGGAAUACUUAAGUAGUAACUUAUAAUUUUUAUAAAAAUGUAUUAUAUUUGAUACCAUAAUUUUGGUUUGGAUUAUAUAGUCAAUUUUCAGCAUAAUCAAUCUAUGAUUUUUAUGUCUUUCAAUGUUACAAUUUUAUGUUUACAUCAUUGCCUAUUAUUGUUUAUGGAGUAUUUGAUAUUAAAUUCAAUGAUACUAUGCCAAAUAAAUAUAAAUUUGGAUAAGAAGGUCGUUAUCUGAAUUUCAAAGUUUUCAUCCUCUCAUUAUUAGAAGGAGUUUAUCAAAGUUUGAUAAUUUUCUUCUUUUGUUUUUAUUUCUUAAAUACAUCAUCUUCAAAUGGAUUUGAAUAUGGAUUAUUAGUUCAAGGAUAGAUAAUAUUUUUUAUUUGCAUUAUUGUGGCAAAUACAAAAAUUCUAUUACUUUCACAUUAAAUACAAGUCUUAUAGAUUAUUAUAUAAAUAUUGUCAUAUGUAUCUUAUAUAUGUACAAUUUUGAUAUUUAAUAAUGUUGUUGAAUAUUAACUAUAUGGAGUACUUUAAGAAAUUUUAACAUAAGGAAUCACUUAUAUAAUUGUUCUGCUAGUUUCCUAUUUGUCAAUUAGUGUUAUUAUAUAUCAAAAGAAAUACUAGUUAUUUAAGAAAUUAAAAAAAGCUUAAGUAUCAUAAUCAACAGCAAUAAAUGCAUCGUUGAUAACUUUAUGA